AAUUAGCAUUGCUGCCACUACUACGGGACCAAGUCAAUAUUGCAUGGCAACGUUUGAUGUAUGGGUGGAUUUCGGAAAUGGAAAGCCACACACGAUAAUGCGAUUGAGUUGUCUGUGAAUGUUGCAUGAUUUUCGAAGUGCCCGAUGUGCUGUAUGUUUUGCAUAAUCUCAUCGUGUAAUUUCAACAUCUUUUAGAUUGCAUGCGUUUUGGGUGAAAAUUGAAAACUAAUUUGCCAUAUCAGACCAUAAAUUUUCGGUUUGAAUUUAAAUUUGAUCACUUUUCUGGAUCGAUUACAUUGAAAGCCGUGCAAAUGACUUGCGCAUUAACAGACUCCGACAUUUGACACACAUGCACAUCCACUCACAUCAGGCAAUAUUCUUUGUUGUCUUCCAAUUUGACACAUUGACUCAUUCAAAAGCAUUUGUCAUAUUAUCACUUUGACAGCUGGACACGAACUGAGAGAGAGAAAAAAACAGAUUACAAAUGUCAAUUUCAACGUAUAAUUUGACAUAACAAAAAAGGGGAGUCAUAAAAGGCGAGACAAAUACACAAAUCGAAGAAAAAAGAGACCUGAAGUAAAUAAACGCUAAUUGAGUUCGGGUUGAAUUAGUAUGACUCAAACAUGUUUCCACAUUUGUACGGAUUUCGUGUGAAUAUUUCAUUGUUUCAAGAGGCGGCAAGCAAAGAAUUGUUGGAAAUACUUGAAAAAUGCGAAGGAACAAAGGCUAUUGUGUGGGAUGAUUCACUAUCAGGACCAGUUGGAUUGGUGACUAAGUAUGCAUUUCUCAAGGAGCGAAAUGUUACGAAAAUGUUACCAUUGCGACCCGGUGCACUGCCCGAUGUUGAUGUUCGCAACAUUAUUUUCAUCACAAGACCAAAUUUGAAGCUCAUGAAUUGCAUCGCUGAAAAUGUGCACAGCAUCGAUAAACGCCGCGGUGGCUCGAACAAAGAGCUCUUUUUGUAUUUUUUACCCAGAGUGUCUACCCUCUGUGAAACUCAGCUGAAAAACAAAGGUGUCUACGGUAGUUUCAUACAUGUUGGCGAAUUUAAAUGUGACUUUUUCCCAGUUGAUAAUGAUUUGCUGUCGAUGGAACUGAAGGAUUCAUUUCGUGAUUUGCAUAUCGAAGAUGAUCCAACGAGCAUCUUUCUAUCGGCAAAAGCGUUGACAUCACUUCAAAAACUAUACGGUCGUAUUCCGAAAGUCUACGGAAAAGGGAAUGACGCAAAGAAAUUGUGGGAUUUAUUGAAAACGAUGGGCAAAGAAGAACUGUCGUCGAGUACCAUGGGCAAGGGAGCCAUUGAUCAACUCAUUAUUUUGGAUCGAUCGGUUGACGUGAUGAGCGUGCUAACGACACAGCUUACUUACGAAGGUCUUAUAGACGAAGUAUACGGCAUAAGCCAAUCCACGGCACAUUUUCCAUCGGAUCGCUUUUUGUCAUCGGACGAGAGUAAUUUGCAGACAUCAACAUCCGAUAAAAAAACAAUCAUUUUGAAUUCGGGCGAAGAGUUGUACACCGAAUUAAGAGAUAAAAACUUCAAUGCCAUUGGUCAGAUUCUAUCGCGGCGUGCCAAUGAAAUAAGCAAGCAACUGGAUGAACGUCACAAUGACAAAUCCGUACAAGAUAUAAAAAGAUUCGUUGAACGCCUGCCAAAUAUGAUGGCAUACAAAAAAUCCCUGGCAACACACACCACAAUUGCUGAAAUGUUGAAAGAGGUCACAUCAUCCGAUCAAUUUCUCGACGAAUUGGAAUGCGAACAGGAGUUUUUGAUUUGCUUAGAUGUUGAUAAAGUUAAUCCAUUCAUCGAAGAUAUGAUUGCAAAUCAAGCACCAUUCCGAACGGUCAUUCGAUUGAUUUGCAUGCAAAGCAUCGCUGGCUCGGGAUUGAAACAGAAAGUGCUGGACUAUUAUAAAAGGGAAUUGGUUCAAGUGUAUGGGAUCGAAAAGUUGCUGGCGAUAAGCAAUUUGGAAAAAGCUGGAUUGAUUAAAGUUCAAGCGGGAAGCCGGACAUAUGCGGUGGUGCGAAAGACGCUGAAACUAACUGUUGAAGACACCAAUGAGGUGACACCAAAUGACAUAAGCUACGUGCAUACAUUUUAUGCUCCAUUGACAAUUCGAAUUAUUGAGCGUGCUCUCAAGCCUAAUGGGUGGCAGUCGCUAAAUGAUGUCUUAUCGUGUUUGCCCGGGCCAACAUUUGAAGAUUACCAGUCUAAUGUUGGCCAGUCAACACUCUCAACAACGCGUCGUGGUUCCUUCAGCAGUGAGAUUUCGCAAUCCGACACACCCAAAGUGAUCCUUGUAUUUUUCCUCGGCGGUUGCACGUACGCCGAAAUAUCAGCGCUUCGAUUCCUUUCUCGACAGGAGGACAAUAACGUGGAGUUUAUUGUCGCAACGACCAAAUUAAUCAAUAAAAACACAUUUUUAGAUAACCUAAUCGAGUAAUACAACCGAAACAACUGAUCAUUCCUUUAGUAUAUUUCAUUCAAUUGUUUUAUUAAAUAAUAAUAACAACUCAAUUUACAUUACAUGUUAGCCGGUCAUUGCAUUGAAUGCGAAUGCCGACUGAUUGCAAUUGAAAAUGAAAAAGUUUACUACGUGUGAUUCAUCGCUUUGUGGAAUCUCGCUCCUGUUUUGUUCGAAUUAUUAAAAACAAUAUGAUUUUCCAACAACAA